AUGGGGUUCUUCCGCUGGCCUCGGUACAAGCGACGCGCCUCCCCUGCAAAGCCCACGGAGCCCACGGAGCCCACGGAGCCCACGUUCAAGAUACCCAAUCCCUUUGAGGCCUUAAAGCCUCCAAGUGACGCCCACGAUGCCUUAGAUAACUCUCAGUUACCCAUCCCAGGAGCUUUCCCAUUCACUCCUCCUGAAUCACCUACCCUUGUUGUAUCAGAAGGUGUGGCUAUCGAGGACGAAGAUGUCCCACCGAAGGGGUGGGAAUUUAUGGACAUAGAUGCUCGCGCAACACCAGCACUUGUUACGGAUCUCGGCAUACAUCUUCACCCUCGAUUACCGCCAUACACCCCUCCCCUUCCGAGCGCUAAGCGCAUUCCAUCGCCGAGACCAACUGAAGCCCCCAGGCCCGUCGAAUAUGAUCUCAUGGACAUUGAUGACCCAUGGGAUCAACAAGCUCGACAAGAUGCAAGGAUUCCCCAUGGCCCCGUCUCCGCUGUACAGUUAUUUUACGCCCACAGGAGGCCGGUUCCUGCCAAUCGCUUUCCAUCGUGGUACGAGGCGGAAUUCGAAAGGCGGGAGAGAGAAAGAUUAGCCCGGGAGCGCGAUCUUCAACGUCCAAUCAGAGUGAUACCACCCGGGCAGCCCGUACGUCUGAUUUCGCCUGAGUGGCUUGCCAAACUUCAACGCGCCAUGCAGAGUGCGCAAGGACAUGCCGUCGCCAAAUCAUUAGCCGGAGACGAUCUGUACCAGCGGGAUAUCGUCACGUGCAUUCGCCCUGAGGCCUGGCUCAAUGACGAAAUUAUCAAUGCCUACCUUGGUUUACUCGUUCACUACCUCCGUGAUUCGCAUGGAAACCUCGGACCUGGCGAUCGGCCACUCUUCCACGCCUUCAACACCUUUUUCUACUCUAACCUUCGCGAUAAGGGAUAUCAGGCCGUGCAACGGUGGGCAAAGCGGGCCAAGAUCGGUGGCGAAGGACUGCUUAAUGUCGACACAGUCUUCAUCCCUGUACAUGAGAAAGCUCAUUGGACCCUCAUGGUUAUUCGACCGGCAGAACGUACAAUUGAGUAUUUCGACUCCCUAGGAUCCGCCGGUCUUCACCAAGUGAAAAAUGCCAAACAAUGGCUUCGUGGCGAGCUUGGGUCAAAAUACAAAGACAAGGAGUGGUCUCUCCUGCCAUCGGUCUCUUCUCAGCAAGACAACGGAAGCGAUUGUGGUGUCUUCCUCCUAACGAAUGCCAAAGCAAUUACCGUUGGAGUUGAACCCACAGCCAUUGGCCCAUGUCACAUCCGACUUCUCCGCAGAAAGAUUGUUGCUGAGCUCAUAAACGGUGGCCUUCAUGGCGAGUUUAAACCGCAAGACGAAGCAACAGGCGAAGUGUUGCUUUAA